AGGUGUUCUUUGUUUCUAAUUAACGAAGUUUCGUUAAUUAACGUCGUUGACCCCCAAAGUUGGCCCUCUUGGAUCUUAAUUUCCUCCCCACGUCCGGAUCAGCGCUAACGAAGCAACAGCUCAUUCUCGCACGGGACAUCCUGGAGAUCGGGGCGCAGUGGAGCAUCCUGAAGAAGGACAUUCCAUCCUUCGAGCGCUACAUGGCUCAACUCAAGUGCUACUACUUCGACUACAAGGAUGCUCUGCCCGACUCCGCCUGCCAACAACAACUUUUGGGGCUCAACCUCCUCUUCCUCCUCUCCCAAAACCGCGUUGCCGAGUUCCACACCGAGUUGGAGCGACUCCCGGCCCGCGACCUCCAGACCAACGUCUACAUCCGCCACCCGGUCUCGCUCGAGCAGUACCUGAUGGAAGGGAGCUACAACAAAGUCUUCUUGGCCAAAGGGAACAUCCCCGCCGAGAGCUACACCUUCUUCAUCGACAUCCUCCUCGAUACCAUCCGGGACGAAAUCGCCGGCUGCAUCGAAAAAGCUUAUGAAAAAAUCCUCUUUUCCGAAGCCGCCCGCGUCCUCUUCUUCCCCACAGCCAAGAAAAUGACGGAAUACGCCAAGAAGCGGGGUUGGGUGUUGGAUGCCAAUAACUACUAUGGGUUCAGCAGUCGACAGCAGAAGGCGGAGGAGGCGCCGAUUCCCGCCACCGAGUUGGCCAAACAGGUCAUCGAGUACGCGCGGCAGCUGGAGAUGAUCGUCUGAGGGCCCCCGGCGCCCCAAAAUCCCCCUUCUCUGCCCCAAAAUACCCCCAAAGCCACCUUUGUACCCCCAAAAGCCACCUUCGUACCCCAUAAAUGCAACAUUUUACCCCCAAAAGUCCACCCUUUUAGCCCAAAAGUCCACCAUUUACCCCAUAAAUCCACCCUUUUAGCCCCCAAAUCCACCCUUUUAGCCCAAAAG